AUGCUGCUCAGCUCUUCAAGCUCAUUGACUACGACCGCGAUUGGCACACUGCUUGUUGGGGGUCUGGCUUAUGCUGCUCUCGGAUGGUGGAAGCUUCGUCAAUCAAGAUCGGAAUUCAUGCGCAACAACGGAUGCCUUCCUCCGCGUAGUGUCUAUCCUAAUCUGGAGCCUUUCAUCGCGCUUGAUAUGAUCUUGUCAGUACUCUCCGCCGCCAGGAGGAAAGCCUUGUUAGGAUGGUUUCACGAUCAAUACAAGACGUACGGCCCUACUUUCGUUGUCAGCACCGUCCCAAGUUUCGCUGUCCACACCACUGAAGCGGAGAAUCUCAAAGCUGCCUUCUCGCAGAACUUCGACGACUGGUCCGCAUCAGGUGGACGUCGGUCGUUCAAACACUUGAUGGGCCGCGCGACAUUCAUGUUGGACGGUGCUGAGUGGUCACACUCUCGUAGUAUCCUAAGACCAAUGUUUGCCAAAGAUCGCGUUGCAGACCUGGAGUUGUUAGAGGCGCACUUCCAGAAGCUGUUAAAAUUGAUUCCAGAAGCUGGAGCUACGGUGGACAUCGGAGAAAUCUUUCACAGGUAUGCAUUUGAUGUGUCUUCCGAGUUCUUGUUCGGAGAGUCGCUCGGUUCUCUUGGAGAUCAGACAGACACAAAGGCUCAGCUGGCUCAUGACAUCGAGCUCACUAUUCAAGACGCUGCCGACCGCUUUCGUUGGUCUCUGCUGUAUCGAUGGCUUAAGCGUCCAGGCGUGGAUCAGGCGAUUCGCAAUGUGCGUAGUACAACAAACAAAUACGCACAAGCAGCUCUAGAUCGAGCAAGUGAAGACCGAGCACAUACCGGAGAAGCUGAGAAGGAAGCUGCACGAUAUUCAUUCCUGGACGAGAUGGCACGCCAGACACAGGAUCUCGACAAGAUGAGAGACGAAGCCACGUCACUAAUGUUUGCCGGGAAAGAUACAACUGCUGGAUUGCUUGGCAGCAUGUGGUACCUGCUGGCCAGACAUCCCGAGGCAUGGCAAAAGCUUCUCGCAGAGGUGGACCAACUGGAAGGUGCUCCGCCAAGCUACGCGUGGGUAAAAAGUGCCAAGUAUCUGAGGUAUUGUGAGCAUGAAGCCAUGAGACUCUACCCUGUGACUCCCAUCCUACCACCCCGUGUCGCCAACAAAGACACUGUACUACCUCUUGGUGGUGGCAAAGAUGGCAAGUCGCCCUUAUUCAUACCUAAAGGCUCGGCAUUGGUCGUAAAUAUACAUUCUGCCAACCGCCGCAAAGAUGUUUUUGGGAGCGACGUCGAAGAGUUCCGGCCGGAGAGAUGGGCAGAGCUGCGACCGGGAUGGGCCUACGCUCCAUUUGGUGGUGGUCCACGUAUAUGCGUAGGCCAACAAUUCGCUAUCACGGAAGUCUACUAUCUGACCGUGCGUCUCAUGCAACAUUUCCGCCGGAUUGAAUGUCGCGACUGGACACCAUUCACAGAGAAUAUGGCGGGUGUCAUCUUGAGCCCAGAUGGUGGUGUCAAAGUUGGCCUAUACCCUGUGUAG